AUGGUUCUUAAGAUAAUCGUCAACUUGUUCUGUACAGUUGACGUGGACGAGCAUGAACGUGACCUCUAUAAAAAGACAGGACUUGGAGGUAAACUAGAGUCACUUUACGCAGCUCUGCGCGUAGACACUCCUGGGCCACAGGGGCCGCCAGGUCCACAGGGACCAUCUGGAGAUAAAGGGAAUUUUGGAAACCAGGGUUUUCGGGGUAAUCCAGGAGGUAUAGGACCUCAAGGACUCAAAGGGGAAUUGGGAAGGCCUGGCAUUGACGGUGUGAAAGGACUAAGAGGAGAUCCAGGAGAAAUGGGUGAUAGAGGUCUUCCUGGACUGACGAAAGGAGAGAGAGGGGAACAAGGACCUAGCGGAUUAAAAGGGAAUCGAGGACUUCCAGGCAUUCCAGGUAUGAAGGGUCUUCCAGGUCUUACGGGACAGGAAGGGUUCCCUGGAAUAAGAGGUUCCAUGGGAGAUCAAGGGAUAACGAGAGAUGGGCUUCCCGGAAAUAAAGGAUCUAAAGGAGAAACAGCUGAUGGAGACCAAGGUAUUAGAGGUGGUGAAGGCGUACGUGGUUUUCCAGGGCCGAAGGGGCCUCAAGGUUCGAAGGGGAUAACUGGACUACCUGGAUCAGUGGGAACAAAAGGCUCAAGGGGGGAUGACGGCGCACCUGGAAUAGGAAGUAAAGGAGCAAAAGGAGAUGAAGGAAGCCCAGGAGGAGUGAAAGGAGAAAAAGGUUUUAGAGGGAACAGAGGAGUUCCAGGAACGUUGGGAGCAAGUGGCGGAAAGGGGGCGAAAGGCAAUAAGGGGCAGAAAGGAGAUCGUGGGUUUCCAGGGCCAUUAGUGGGUGUGAGGGAAGAUACUGAAAUAAUGAGGCGCAAACGAGACUCACAGGAACCUGGAGAUUUCUUGGCUCCCCUUGUAUCAGAUGCACCUGAUGAAAGAAGAAGCAUUCGAUUGUCACAAGACCAAACCUUCCGCGUUGAAGUUGCUGGCGCUGAAUCUGAAAGAGUCGAUACUACAAGAAAUGUGCCUCUAAAAUCAUAUGAAAAUAAAGAUGUUUUCGCCAAAGUGCAGCAGGUGGUUGCGAUAUGA